UCGUGAUUGUCAGUCAAAUCUGGCGACAGUGCCCGCUCUUGAUUGGCUGUUGGUUCUUGUCAGUCAUCCGUGAGGCGGGCACAGAGACAUUCCUCCUGUGCUGAUGGAAAAAAAGAGAAAGUUUCCAAGAUGGCUGCGUAGCCCUGCCUGUUCGCUGGAAAACAAUAGAAGCAGCACAGGGGAACAGACUUAGUCCGUUCAUACCGACGAAACCACUCUCACACCCCGCAUAUCCCGACUCGGGUUCGUCCGGGAGGAGGAUUAUCCGCGGCGGCGACUCGGGAGAAAUAUAAUCAAAGUAUAAUGAUGUAUUUAAACGUUUCAGGCUAGCCAACCCUGCUAGCCAGCCGUGCUAACGUUAGCCCGUCUAUCCAUAACACAGCAGCUAGCGGCUAACGGCUAAUAGGAGGCGGAGGAUCAGCUGUUUGCUACACAGAUGCUGUAGGAAGAGCGGACGGCAACACUCUCACAGUAAGUGCAUUUAAAAACUAAAUAAGCUUUAAAUAUAUGAGAAGUCUUGUACUGUGUAAAACUGUUGCAUUAGGUUAAAUAUAAAAUUUGUUAGCUGCCAAUUUUUAGUGACGCUAACAGCUAGCUGCUGCUCGCUAACCGAGCUAACUCAUCAUACUUGAGCAAAAUAAAGUUUCGGACAAGUUGUUGAGCCGUUAGGAGGCUCCCAGCGGAGCCGAUAGCACCGGAACGGGGUUCAAAUCAGAGGCUGAUGCUGCCGAAGUCCCGGAUAAACACAUUUUAAAGGCAACUCAUGGAUUUAAAAAAAAAAGAAAAGAAAAGAAAAGAAAAUUCGACGUUCCAACUUUGAUUUACAGUGGAGGAAUGUGCUAACUUCACUUAGCCCGAACAUGAGUUGGUCUGAUAGCGAAGCUGCUUCACUGAAUGAAUCUAAAUGUAGUGUUAAAGCUUUAAAUGGUUUGUUUUAACAGCAGCAGGCUUUGAUUUGGUUAAAUCUGCGGUUCUGAUUUGGGGUUAAACUCCGGCUGAUUGCGGCUCCAAUAGCUCCGCUUCACACAGCAACUUAAACGAGCUGGUUCACCUGAUGAGGCUUACAGCAGAUAUUUGGCUUUAAGUGAGUAAAAUCAGGAGGCUGGAUGGUUUUGCACCCAAAAACCUUAAUUUUCCUCUCCGGCAGUGAGUGCCGCUGUGACUGAAGGCCAUUAGCAAGACAAAGGUCGCCUCCAUGGAGCCAGCACAGGAGUCUUUGUAAAGGGCGAGGGGGGGUGAAAAAGAGCCAGAUUCAGCAUUUUAUGGACGAAACCUGAGCCGGGAAUUUACUACAAGUCUUUAUUGAUGAUGGCGGAUUUUGUUACACCGCGACACAGCGCGGUGAUGGAGCGGCUCCGCCGGAGGAUCGAGCUCUUCCGGCAGCAUCACAACAGCUGCGAGAGCCGCUACGAGAACGCGACGCUGGAGCGGCUGGAGCUGGAGAGGCAGCAGACCUUCGCCCUGCACCAGCGCUGCCUGCAGGCCAAAGCCAAGCGGUCCAACAAGCACCGGCAGCCCCAGCCCAGCGGCGACCAGGCAGGCCAGAGAGUGCCGGGCGGAGGAGGAGGAGGAGGAGGCGGCGGCGUGGAGCACGGGGAGAGCGGCGGGACGGCGGCGGAGCAGAGCCGGAACAGCACGCUGAUAGCGCUGCAGGAGACGGUGAAGAGGAAGCUGGAAAGCGCCGGUUCUCCGCUGGGCAGAGAUCAGGUCAACGGCUACAGCGACGGCUUUCCCUCCAGCAAGAAGGCCUGCCUGGACAAUGGCACCACCAACGGCUCCCCACUGGACUCAAAGCUGGGCAUCAGUGACUCACUCAACUCCAACGGGACCCACGGGCCGGCAGGGGAGUCGGCGGAUGGCGGCGGGGAGCCGGGGUCGGACUUCCAUCGGAAGGAGAUGAAGCAGGAGCCGGACGACAUUCUGCCCAUCAUGCCUCCGUCGGGCGGUGGCAACAACAGCUUGUUCCCCGACCUGAACCUGAACGAGCAGGAGUGGACGGAGCUGAUGGAGGAGCUGAACUGCUCCGUGGCCUACGAGGACAUCCAGGACAUUCUCAACGACGGCUUUGAGGACCGCAAAGACCCACUGGAGCUGGCGCCGACUCCGGGUGGAGGAGCGUCGGUGGGAGGAGCACCGGGUGGAGGAGGCCAGCCGUCAGGGGGGCUGCUCCCUCCAGAUCUGGCCAGCGUGAAGGCAGAGUUCUCUCCGGCAUCGGCCGUCUUCGAGCAGGACUCUCGCACUGGCUCACCCCACGUCAGGUCCACCUCCUCUGGGCCACCUCCUCACCCCACCAGCUCCCCUGUCGCCUCCUCCUCCGCCUCCUCCCCGGCUCUGCCUCCCUCCCAGCCAGCUCCUCCCCCUCGGCAGCUGCAGCCUCCUCCCAACCAUCUCCUCCCUCCGGGGCCUCCGGUGCCCAAAGACCUGUCCCCUGCCCAGCAGCUCCAGCAGCUGGCCGCCCAACAGCAGCGAGCCCAGCACCUCCACGGCCAGAUGCACAAACAGCCACAGCCAGGGGCCAAGUUCCACAGCCAGGGGCCCCACGCCCAUCCCUCGCCAUGGCCCCAGAUGCCCAACACCUCACAGAGCUCACUAGGGGGCGCCUUUGGUAUGGACAAGCCCACAAGCCCUUCCUUGUACCCGCAGGACUUUAACCCUAACACCCAGAAACAGCUGCUGAUGCCCGGUCAGCCCAACAAGGGCUCUCCCAAGGCAGGGGCGGGCAGCUACAUGCAGGGGCCCACCGGGCACCCCAACAUGCUGGGUCACCUGACGUCAGGGCCCCCCCUCAGCCACGCACCCACCGCGGGAGCUCAGGCUCAGGCCGCCAUGCUGAACUACAACAACACCAAACCUCUGUCGCACUUUGAGGCGGGGCCCGGCCCACCGCGGCCCCCCAACGCCCAGAGCCAGAACAAGGCGGCCCUGCUGACGCUGCUCCGGCAGCAGCAGCAGAUCAAGCAGAAGAACAGCAUGAACUUCCGCCAACACAUACCACACACACAGGACCAGAACUCGUACUCGGCUCCCCCUCACGGCCCGGGCCCCACCAACGCCAUGACGUCGGCACCUGGGAGCAACGCCAUGUCUGCCCAGCCGGGGGCCAACGCCAUGGCGAGCAACCAGGCGUACCUGAACAGCCAGGCGGUGGCAGCGGCGCUGAAGCAGCAGCAGCAGCAGCAGAUCCUGGAGCAGCAGAAGCAGCAGCAGCAGCAGUACAUGCAGAGGCAGCAGCUCAUGGCUGAACAGGAGAAGCAGCGACAGCAGGACCAGCAGCUGCAGCGACACUUGACCCGACCUCCCCCUCAGUACCAGGACCAGCCGGGACCGCCGGCCAAUCAGAACCCUUUCCCUCAGCAGCCCGUCAACCAGUUUACAGCGUCCUCUCAGCCAAUGAGCGUUGGUUCCAUGGGAGGCCCCGCCCCUGGCUCACAUAUGUUCUCUCAGAACCAAGGCAUGAUGGGCAUGAACAUGAGUCAGAGCGGAGGGCCAACGGGCAGCGUAGCUCCGCCCCCGGCCGCCAGCCAGGCUGACAUUAGUCUGCCUUCCUGCGGCGCCGGAGGGGGCGGGGCCGGUGUGGACGUCCUCUACAGAGACAUGAACCUGCACCCGGCCCACCCGCCGCAGCAGGCCGCCCUGCAGCGCCAGCCUCUGGGUGCCAUGAGCGCCCCCUACAGGCAGAGCCUCCUACAGCAGCAGCAGCAGCAUCUGAAGGCGCAGCCCAACGCCGCCAUGUUGAAGCAGCAGCAGCUGGCCGCCGCCCGCAUGCCGGGCGCCAUGCAGGGCAGCAUGGGGGGCAGCCUGCCUGGGUCCAUGCCUGGCGGGAUGCCGGGUGGCCAGAGCGCCGCCUGGCAGCAGCAGCUCGCUAACCAGUCGCCCUCCAGCAACGCAGGCCUGGCCCCCAACGCCUUCAACAAUCCCCCCAACGCCUUCCACAUGCAGCAGCAGCAGCGCAUCUCCAAGAUGCCGCCAGGCUCUGCGCCCUUUGGCACCAACCCCGCUGGACGUCCCAUGGGAGGUCUGAAUGCCGGGCAGCAGCUGAUGCAGACAAACAUGGCCACCGCCCAGCAGAGGGCGCCGCCCAACCCCCAGAGCCUGGGCCAGCCGAUGGCCAAUCAACAGCAGACUCAGCAGCAGCAGGCCAAUCAGAACCAGGCCGUCCUGUCCGACCUGGCGGCGUUCAGACAGCCGCAGGGCAGCGGUCGCCAGGGCCUACAGUGUAACCAAGGAUACCAGGUGAGCAGGACUGCCAAUCAGCAGCAGCAGCAGGUUUCGUUUGGAUACAACGUGGCGUCGGGGAGCUUCGCCGCUGAGAGCGAGCUGGUGGACUCGCUGCUGAAGGGGCAGAGCACGCAGGAGUGGAUGGCCGACCUGGACGAGCUGCUCGCCAGCCACCACUAGUCACCUGUCUGCACCUGGAGCCGCUGUCCUGCAGCAUGCUAACGUUAGCCGCCUAGCUGGGUCUCAUUCACUGUCUCUGUGCUCUGUGGACAAGAUGUUUCUGAUGCGACUGAAGCUCAGUUCCAUCAGGUGGAUGCAUGUCGACCCACAGGUGUCUGGACCAGCCGCCACGUCACUGCAGUGCGAUGAAGGAACAGGACGGAGACCCUAAAUCAGCUGGUUAAAGUAAAUCAAAGGCGUCAGCUGACUUAGAGCUGAGCUGAACCCCGACGAGUCGACUAAGCAGAACAGCACCAGUCUCCAUUCAGAAAUCUAGAAAUGUAACGAUGAACCGCUUGGUGCAGAAAUACACUCCUGGUAGAACAUGAAUGUCAACCUGUCAGCGCCUCGUAUACGCAGAGGGAUCGGCUGAUUUACAUCUAUAAACGUACAGAAGAAUUUAAUGCACUGCACAAACAAACGAUGCUGUACGACAACAACGUUUAGAUCCUGAAGCUUAGAGAUAAAACAACCAGGCAGUAAUGUUUGGUUUUGGUUUUCACAAAGCAA